AUCAAGGCCUUCGGGGCGCCCGAGAACGCGCAGCGGAUGGAGGAGGCUCGGGACAACGCCUGCAACGACAUGGGCAAGAUGCUGCAGUUCCUGCUGCCCGUGGCCACCCAGAUCCAGCAGGACGUGAUCAAAGCCUACGGCUUCAGCAACGACGGCGAAGGGGUCCUGAAGUUCGCCCGGUUGAUCAAGUCCUACGAGUCGCAGGACCCGGAGAUCGCCAGCAUGUCAGGCAAGCUAAAGGCCAUGUUCUUGCCGCCCAUGACGCUGCCGCCGCACGGGGCCGGGACCGGCGGAGUGGCGACCUCCUGAGAGCCCUCCUCCCACGCCGGGUCGCGGUGCUCGGACUGGUGCCCCCCUUCCAAGCUGUAGGUCCAGUCAGCCCCGGGAGUGGAGCUUGAACAAGGCAGAUGCUGACCUGGAAGGAGUGGGGGAUGAUGCUUUGUGCCUGCUUGUGUGUCUGCUUGUGAAUAAAAGAUGUCUUGAAAACG